AUGGGUAAUAAAAUGAGCAGUAAAAAGCAAGUGAAGACACAGAGCGAAGUGGUAGAACUUUUGUAUAUAGUUUGGGGAAAGGGAAUGGAGAGACGGAGAAAAGAUGUAAUAACGAGUCAGAUGUUCAGUAUAGACGAUUAUAAAGAAGAUGUUAGAGUGAGGCGCCAGAAUGAUGUUUCAGAAAGCAAACCUCUCUCUGUGCCAAAAGAUAUUGAUCUGCACUUGGAGACGCGACCGAUAUCUGUUGUGGAUUCACUCGUAUUACACUACUUCAUGGAGUACCAAUGGCUCAUUGAUUUUGCAGUGUACGCCACCGGAGUAUAUCUAUUCACGGAAGGGUAUUACUGCCUCAUGGAUGUUCAGAAGGAAGUAAAUAUUGGCGUACUCUGGUGUCUACUCACAGUUGCAUUUUCCAUAAAAGUGUUGUUUGGCAUGAUGACACAUUACUUUCGGUCUGAGGAGGGCGGUGAACGCUCUGUGUGCCUCGUUUUUGGAUUUCUGUUUCUUCUCAUUGCAAUGCUGGUUCUGGUUGUCAGAGAAGAUUAUCUGGAAUUUGGCUUGGAGUCAGGAUUUUCAGCCGCUUUUGACAACAUGGAGAUGUUUGUAAGACAGCAAGGCUGGGAGUGGUCAGUGCCAGUUACCAAACUGACUGUUAAGCUUGGGCUUGUUGGUAUCUGCUCAUUUGUGGGUGCCUGCCUGACGUUUCCAGGUUUCCGAUUAGCACAGACUCAUCUGGAUGCCCUCAAGAUGACAGCAGACAAACCAAUGAUUCAGAUUCUACUUCAUGCCAGUUUUGUGGCCCCUGUGGUCAUAGUCCUGAUGUGGGUGAAGCCAGUGACCAGAGAUUUUCUCCUCAGUGCACCAAUGGGAAAAGAAAAUGUUCAGCUGAUGUCAAGCUCCACAUAUAAUUCUGUACGCCUCUGGACUGUUGUAGCACUUUGCGUUUUGCGACUUGCAGUGACACGCUACCACCUGCAAGCAUACCUCAACCUUGCUGACAAAUGGGUGGAUCAAAUGAAGAAAGAAGCUGGACGCAUCACAGUUAUUGAAAUACAGCGCAAGGUUAGCAGAGUCUUUUUCUACCUUACCGUUGUGACUUUGCAGUAUCUAGGGCCUAUCAUUCUCACGUUCCACUUGACUCUGCUUCUGAAAACCUUGGGUGAUUAUUCUUGGGGAUUUUACCCAGAAUCUCCUGGUUUCUCCCCAGCAACAGACACAGCACCCAGUUCCUCCACUGCCAGCUCAGAUGAUGAAGAGGACAUCCAAGUAACCAUCACCAAGAUAACAGCUGUUCUAAAUGCAAUUCGCAAUGUUUUUACUCCUCUCUUCUACCGUGGACUGUUUGCAUUUUUAACUUGGUGGGUGGCAGCUUGUCAGAUUGUGACCAGUCUCUGUGGUCUGUACUUCCACCAGUACUUGGUAUCUUCAUAAACACAUCGCAUCAUGAUCUGUUUUGCUGCUUUGGACUCAGGAUAAAGCACUGGUAUGCCCAGCAGGGCUCCUUGAACUUUUGGCUGGGUUUAGUGUUCAUAAAAUUACAGGAGCUCCGUUUUAAUACUGUGAACUGAUCACAUUUUAAACUUGGUGGACUCGCAUGGGUUACAUAAGAUGCAGUUUAUAAUAAUUUUGACACUGUUUGAUAGUGGGUUUAUUAGCUGCCACACAGCAAACUAAUGAACUGCCAUUGCACUCUGGGUAAAAUAAUGGGCAGCAUUAUAUCAGAUUUUGUAAAUUUUUUGAGCCGUUCAGAUAAGUGACCCUUCUGAAUGCACAUAAAUGUACUUUAUUAUUAUUACCAGUGCUAUUAUUAUUUUCUGAAUUUCUUAACAUAGUGUUCAAAUAGUCAAGGUGACAGAAGGAAGCAAGUUGGAAUAACAUGCCCUAAUGGUGAGGGUAGCUGUCUCUGGGAUAUCUGAUGUUUCAAAGGAGGAUUAUGCAAAUAUGAGUGUUUUCAGUUUUACAUACCGUGUGUUGGAGGGGGGGGGGGUAAAUGGAAAAGAUAUUAAUACCAUUUGGAUGGCUACAUCUGUUUGUCAUACAUAGCCUUGUUUAUUGUGUAUAAACAGGAACAGAUCACGAGUGACUACUGCAAAUAGAUGCAAAACAGAUUGUAUAAAAUUAACAUUUACACAGGUAAGUUAAAAUGAUGAAAACAAUUAGCAUUUAUGCAGAUAAGUUAGUGUAAUGAUACCUUUUGGCAUAAAACAUCACAUCUUUCUGCAGUGCUGGUGAAAUCAAUUCUUUGGAGGAUUAGCUAGAAUGGGCUGGAUUGAAUACAACCAGUAUCUGCUCUCAUUUCCAGGGAGAGAGUUUAGCAUUACUUUCUGGAUGUUCAGCUCUGGAAGAAGAGUAGAAAGGUAAUGACGACCUAGCUGUAUCCAUGCUUCAGGCAAACUGUUUAUGCUAAGUAAUGCAUAUAAAAUGUUAACAUUGCACUACGUGUUUCGGAGGGCAGACAACUUGUACUACUGGGGUUGUCUACAUAAAGGGGGUUGUCUACAUAAAGGCUUCUGCAAAGCACCAUAUACUAACAAGGUGUCCUAUUAGGGGGACAUAAUUAUCCCCUAACAACUAUAGAAAUUUCCAUUGAGCCCUAACCUGUUCACCUGGCAAGCACACUUGCUAAACGUUUCUCAUCCUAAGUUCUGGCCAUGAGAAGGUAGCUGGCAAAAGGGACUAGAUUCCUGGUUUGAGAUCUGAGAGGUGUAUCUGUUUGGCAUGGGUAAAAAAAGCACAUUGUUAAAAUUAGUAGGAAUGCAACAAAUGACCCACUGUUUUUUAAUAGUUAUUAACCAUUUAAUCAGACUUAUACAAAACCUUGUCAUCCAUAACCCAUAAGAGCAACACCGAAAGCUGUUUGUAUAGAUAGUAUGAUGUAGAUAUUAAUUUAAGCAAUUGUAUUUAGGGGAAUCUAUAUAUAGCCUUUGAGGAAGCAUGUGUAUUCCACACAGACUGUAAACAGUGGUCAGGAUCAAACCCUAGACUCUGGAGCUUUGAAACAGCAGUAUUGGUAACCAUUGUGCCACUAAACUCUUAAGAGGCCCAGAGAUCUGGGGUACAGGAUUUAGCUGAAGUUGUUUUGCUACCAGCAAAAAGAAACCAAAGAUACCUAGGAAGAAAAGAGAACUUGGUUUGACAAAAUUAUUAUGGUGGAGCUGAAAGUAAAUAAAGUUGUCUGUGAAACUUGUAGAUGGUACAGGGAACUACACGGAAUAGCUACUGAUUGUGUUAAUCAUAUGUGCUUGAGCUUCCUUCCACAGUAUUGUUUUAUGUGUAUGGUUACAGCCAUUCUUCCAACUAGUAGGACCAUUUCCAAGCAAGGGCUUGAAAAAGAUGAUGGUGUUCCCCUCACAAGCUUGUCAGUAGUGGAAUGGGGCAGUCCAUUAAGUUCCAUCAGAAUGUGUUUCAUGAGCCAUUUUGUUUACUUCCACCUGGGUGAAUGCAGAUGAUUGUGCAGGUAAACAGUGCCUCAAAGUCAGAGCAAGAAAGCUCUUUAGUAUUUUGGGAAGUUGGUCCUGCUGCAGGAAAACUGGAAAUGAGAGCUGGAAUUAAAAGCAAAAUCUGAUGCAGCUGCAAUGGCUUAAUCACAGCACAUUCUAUCUUUCACCUUGUAAGGAAACUGGAGUCCAUGUGUAUUGUGGGCGACAAGCUACCUGAAGGAAAACAAUAGCACAGGAGAAGAGGUGCUCAGAUUCUAUCCCACAACAGAGGAAAAAAGUAUAAACUGUACCCUGCCUCAUACCUUGCACAGCCGUCAGAUGUAUUUCAUUCAGCAUUAUUGUAUUGCUUACACCAUUACCUGAAUCAGUGAAAAUAAACAGAAGAGAGUGUCCCACCA